UUAAUUGCUAAACGUACACAAUUGAGGGUUAAUUUUUAUAUUAACGGUUAGAACUAAUUAGGUUGAUCUGAUCGUGAGGUGGUAUUUUAUCCUGGUUGUUUCGUGUACGUGUUUUCGUGUACGUUUAGGAAAGAAUAUGUUUGCUUGUUUAAUAGUAGUAGAGAUAGAGAAGUAGAGAUUGUUCGUGGUUGUUGACUCCUCCAAUUGUUGGUCUUCGGUAGGUAGUAUGUACGAGAAGUCCAGUGGCACUACAAGAACUUGGCCAGCCACCUAUUCUGAGUAGUUCACCUCUUUCUGCGAAAUAACUUUAGUUUACCUACUGUCAAUAUAAUUCACGACAAGAAAGAGUCGAGGGUAAAGGGCAGUGAGAAAGAUUCAAGCAUGCAUGGAGUCAGGGGGCUUUCGUACCUUGAGUUCCUUCCACUUGGAACAAGCUCUAGCAGACAGAUCCGUGCCAUUCCAGUUCCCACGAAACAGUUUCUGGUCUGGUCCAUGCAUUCUAGACGGUGGGUUCCUCCUCAAGCGAGCGCGGUCUAACUCCGUGACGGUGAAGUAACGGUGCUCGGUCUCUUCACCCUGCCUCAAAUUACUGUAGUAACUUUCCUCUUUUCUCCGCGAGAAUCGAUCAAGUUUCCCCGGAAGGAGCAGCUCAGUAAGUUCGCACGUUCAGACUCACCGACUCGAUCGGGAAAAAGACACAUACACAUGCAGUUGACACAUCCCCACGUUGAAUAAAUCAAAUUCAAUGCCGGUCAACUCGUGACUUUGAACGGUAAUACUAUGAAUGAACGAAUAUUAUUUGUGUUCAUAAGGUGGGAGUACUAUUAACUUUUGGCUAAUUCUCAGUCGCCUCUGAAACUUUCUUGAAAACUUCAGUCCCUAAAAUGGCGAAGAUAGGUAAAGGUGUGAUCUGGUGAAGCAUUGAGACAACAGCUGGGACUGAAAUUUAGUAAGAAGGAGAAAUCAGAUAAAUUUUGUUUUGCGAAUCGCGAUUAAAAAGAUCAUCAGAUUACUUUUGUGCUGAUGCCGGUUUGAAGUAUUUGCACGAGUGGCUUCAUUGCCAGUUGUAUUCUGACUGGCAGGGCAAUGCAGGUACGUGUCAGGUUCCGGUGAUCUUGACAUGGAGCCCGAGAGAGACUCUUCUUUUUCCAAUCCACCGAACGCGAAGCAAAAUAGUAGAGCAGACUAGCCAAAGUGACGAGACCAUCGGAAUUUUAUUUUUAUUUGAAAGCUGACCAUGGGAAAACUAAGCACAAAAGUACGUAGGCAUGCGCGUUAACACAGCUAAGGUUCACGACAGUGACGGUCUCCUUGCUUCCUUCCAAGAACCACACCGCAAAAAAACAAAAUCUACGUGCAGGCUAGUACUAGUAUAAAUAGAGAGCCAUCUCCCGCUGGUUUCAUGCACCAAUCCAUCUCGUCGGAAAUCGUAACAUCUUCUCGAGCCUGCACGCAGCGACCAAACAGACGACACGGCUUCUUUCUCGUGCAUGCACAUGGCGAUGGCGGGCAGUGGCAUUAGCGCGGCAGCGAGCGGCAAUGGCAAAGCCAAGGUGGUCAUUGUGAUGGGCGCCACGGCCACCGGCAAGUCCAAGCUGGCCGUCGACCUCGCGCUGCGGUUCGGCGGCGAGGUCGUCAACUCGGACAAGAUCCAGGUCCACGACGGCCUGGACGUGGUCACCAACAAGGCCACCGCCCGCGAGCAGGCCGGGGUGCCGCACCACCUGAUCGGCGGGGUGCACCCCGACGCCGACUACGCCGCCGCGGACUUCCGGCGCGACGCCACCCGCGCCGUGGAGUCAGUGCUCGCGAGGGGCCGCCUGCCGAUCAUCGCCGGCGGGUCCAACAGCUACCUCGAGGCGCUGCUGGACGGCGAGCCGGGAUUCCGCCGGCGGUACGAAUGUUGCUUCCUGUGGGUGGACGCCGACACGGCGGUGCUGGAACGGUACGUCGGCGACCGCGUCGACUGCAUGGUGGAGCAAGGGCUCGUCGGCGAGGUGCGGGGAUUUUAUCGGACGGACGCGGACUACUCCCGUGGGAUCCGGAGGGCCAUAGGCGUGCCGGAGAUGGACACCUACUUCCGGAUGGAGGCCGCCGGUGCGCUGGACGGAGACGACGGACGACGGGCCGGGCUCCUCGAGGCCGCCGUCGACGAGAUAAGGGAGAACACGUGCAGGCUGGUGUGCAGUCAGCUCCGGAAGAUCCACCGGCUACGAUGCCUGCCGGGGUGGAGCAUCCGCCGCCUUGACGUCACCAGGGUGCUUUCGCUCAAGGUCGGGAAGGUGAAGGACGAAGAAGCGGAGCGCACCCUGUGGGAGUCGGAUGUCGUCGGGCCUGCCGCGCGCGUCGUUGAGACGUUUCUUUACUCUCUUGGAGGGAUGGUGGCCGAGGUGAGUAAGGAUGGGAAGGAGCAAAGCACGGGGGCGAAGCAUGCAGCCGUCGUCGCCGGGAUCGUCGAAGCGGCCGAGAGGUGCGGUCUGCAGCUACUCGAGACUGGGCCGUCUCGUGGGAUUCAUCCAAGGAAAGCGGCAGCAGCAGUUUGAGUUUCGAGCUUCUCAUCAAAUUAACCAUACUAAACUUCAAAAACAAAUCAAAUUAACCAUACCAUAUAUUUAGUACUACUAUUAGCUUGUGAUCUCUAAUCAAUUGUUUUAUUUUUUAUUUAAUCUAUAUAG